AUGACAUAUGAAUUAAAAUCCAACAACCCAUUUGUCGAAUGGUUUAAUAAAUACACAACAACUAUACCAAUAUAUGCUAUACUUUCAGGAUCUGAUAUUGCAUUACUGGAAUUUUUGACUUCCGAAUUUGGUGGAUUUGAAUUUUUCAAGGCCCCAUUUUCUGAUAUUACAAAAAAACGGAUAUUUUGGGGAUCUAUUUUUAAUGUCUUUAUAGAAGAUAUUCCUCAGCUUAUUGUACAG